AUGGGUCAGCGAUUGAGUGAGGACAGUGAUCCAGACAAAGAAAUCGAUGUGGCUGAGCUGCAGGAAUGGUACAAAAAGUUUGUGGUGGAAUGUCCAAGCGGAACACUGUUUAUGCAUGAGUUCAAGAGUUUUUUCGGGGUUGCCGAUAACAAGGAGGCUUCGGAGUACAUUGAAAGCAUGUUUCGGGCCUUUGACAAGAAUGGAGAUAACACCAUCGACUUUCUCGAGUAUGUUGCAGCUUUGAACUUGGUCCUGAGGGGUAAAUUGGAGCAUAAACUGAAAUGGACGUUCAAAAUGUAUGAUAAAGAUGGAAGUGGGUGCAUUGAUAAAACUGAGCUUCUUGAAAUCGUGGAGUCUAUUUAUCGACUGAAGAAAGCCUGUCAUGGAGAGCUGGAUGAUGAGUGCAAUCUGCUGACCCCAGACCAAGUAGUGGACCGGAUAUUUGAGCUGGUUGAUGAAAAUGGAGACGGUGAACUUUCCCUUGACGAAUUCAUCGAUGGCGCACGGAGGGACAAGUGGGUGAUGAAGAUGCUGAAGAUGGAUGUCAACCCUGGGGACUGGAUCAAUGAGCGAAGACGCAGUGUCAACUUCUAA